GUGGUGGGCACUGGGCCGACGAGUCCUUGUGCGGGGAGGGAGGGAGGUCGGCGGGAGUUCGUACAGCCAUCGGCGAGCGGGCACGAUGCCGCGAAGUCAGUCCAGGGUGUUUGAGCAUGGGGGGGAGGAUGAGAAUUUGAAGGCACAAAAGAAAUGCUGCGUGUACAAGUACAUCCGCAUCGGUCAAAGUCUCGGCGAGAGAUUCCGCGGCAAUCGAAUGCUGAAGUGCGUUUUCUGUGGCCACGAGUUCCAAGGCAACCAGUUUGUGGCGGCGCGCCAUUUCCGCCAAGGCAAGGGAUGUCAUGAAGUGACCGACGAGGCACUUGUCGACAUCCACUACAACAGUGCGGAUACCGCUGAGCCGGGUCCAUCUGCGGGGAAGAGGAAGGAGAGAGAGGAGGGGGCGCGACCGACGGCAGCACAGAAGAGGCUGAGGCAAAACACUAUCCCGGAGUCAUUCUCUUCAAAGUGGCAGAUGGAGUUCAGAAAGAAGUGGCUGCGGUUUGUGUACAGUCAGCGCCUGGCGUUCAACGUCUUCCGGAGCGAGCCGUGGUUGGACAUAGUCCGACACUUCAGGGAAUUGCUGGGGCCAGUGAAGGUGUUAUGGCCUUCAGAGAAUGAGAUUGCGGACAUAGAGACCAUUGUCCAUACGGCGGACGAUGUGGGAGCUGAUCUCGCAGAGGUCAGGGCUCCUUUCUAUGUCACGGGGGCCACCAUUAUGUCGGACGGAAGGAAGUCACGCGAUGCUAGACCCAUCGUUAACUUCCUUGCCGGCGGGUCGCGUGGGGUGAUGCUCGUCCGGACGAUGAACAGGGAGGGUGAGCGGGAUCGCGCGCCUGAUGUGUUGGCGCGCUGGAUCAAGGUGUUCGAUGACUUUCCCCCAAAGUGGGUGAACACCAUCUGCACCGACUCCGCCUCGGUGUACGUCGUCGCGGCGAACAUGCUCCAGGGGCCCGAGCAGAGGCCAGAGCAUCGACGGAUCACGUGGCUCCCAUGCGCAGUGCAUGUCUGCAACAAGAUGUUGUCAGACAUUGGCUGUUCGGGCACGUGGUCCAAGGACAUCGUCGUGAGGGGGAGAGCGGUGGUGCGCUUCAUUAAGGAGCACGACGUCGCUCUCCAUAUUUUCCGGGGGGAGAGCAGGCAGAUGGGCCUCAUUUAUCCUUGCGAGACAUGUUUCGCAUCCGUGUUCGCGAUGGUGGAGCGUUUGAUGGCAGUGAGGUCAGCAUUGGAGAGGACGGUGGAUGGCGACAAUUGGGGUAUGGUCCCUUGGGACCAUUCCGUUCGUCACUUGGCUAGGUGGGUGAGGUGGCAGGUGCGGCAUGGCAGCUGGUGGGAUUCCAUGGCCAUCUUGUUCCGUGUCAUGGAGCCCGUGUACGACCUGCUGCGCAGGUUGGACCGUGGAGGGCUGCACAUGUGGCGGUGCGCCCCCCAGUUGCAGGUUAUCGCUCUUCGUGUGAUGUACAUGUGGACGUGCUCCUCUCCUGCGGAGAGGAAUUGGGCCGUCCACGAGGGUGUACAGACGAAGAAGCGUAACCGGCUUGAGUUCGAGAAGGUCGCGAAGUUGGUUGAGAUCUCAGCCAAUGUCCGCCUUCUCUCUCAUCAGCGGGCAGGCCACGGGUUCGCACUGCCGUGGACUUUGGAUGAGUCAUUGUUGGACGUGGAGGGAGGUAUCGGGAUUCGCCGCUCGUGGAAGGGGACGAACGAGAGCAGGACGCGGGAGGAGCUCGAGGAGAUGAGACGUUCUUGGCAGCGAGACCCAUGUGGGUCGAGAGCUCCUCCGGGUGAUGUGGGCGAUGUUUUUGGUACUCGAGCCGCCACAUUGCACCCGUACCCUCGAAACGACAGUGAUUCCGAGGACGACGAGGACGAGCCGGCGGGCCCCGAUACCGCCGGUCCUGCGGCGGAUGAGCGUGAUGUGUGGAGCGACCCAGAGGACGUCCGGAGACGGAGUGGCGAAGAUGACCUUUUCGUUGGAGUUGACUUGGAGGAGGAGUCCGGGGGUCGUCACGAGAGCCCUCCACAGCGUCAGAGGACUACGUCCGCUGACCCGCGGUCCUUGGAGCGGGAGAGAGAUCCUGGGUCUGCACCUUCGAGGGGGGCAGAGUCGGGGAAUGACCAUCGUCCUGGGCGUGUUCGUACUGGUACGGCGUCAUCCACCGCUCUUCCCACUUCGACGGAGCAGCUUCGUCGACAGCCAGCCGGGGAUGAUCGAUUGCACAGAUUGGUGAGGGGCCCUAGACAGCGAUUGCAAGACAGAUUAGAGGUCGGUUCUUCACCGGUGCAGGGGGACGACGGAGAUAGACAGGGGUUGGCUCGUAGAGAUGGUGGUGCGUUGGCCGGAGGUGGAGGUGGUGCAGAGGUUGCUGCGGCGGUUGAGGCGCACGAGAUUCGGAGUGCCGAGGAUGAGCGGAUACCGAUGAUGGGGGGCGGAGCCGGUUUUAGUGAGUUUGGUGACUUGGGUAUGCCCCCAGGAGAGAGCGUGGGUCUGGCCCGAGGAGAGAGCGAGUCCCGUGGGGACAUCAGUGUGGGUAUGCAGGAGUUGUUGGGACAAAUCAGCUUAGCGGACCCGAGUAGUUUCUCCCCUGCCAUGCGAGCAGAGGUGAUGUCGGGGGCAGAUGGGGAUGAGGACCGGACACCCCCUGGAGAGACAUCUGCAGAGAGGCUAAAUAGGCUCGAGUUGACCUCAUGGCGCAGAGGGACCCCAGGACGCAGGAGCUCGCCCGUCGUGCGACCGAGGAGCGACAUAGAGGUUCACGACACGCCGCAGUCGGAGGCGGCUUCAACAGAGGUUUUGAGCACGGGAGUAGAUGUUCGCCAGGGGACGCACGAGAGCAGAUUGGCACCGACAGAGGAGACACGUUCGGAGCCGGUGCAGCCUCCUGCCGUCCAGGUGAGGCCCGAGGAGACGUUGCACGAGGUCACGACCGUCCCUCAGACUCCUCUGCCCAGGGGUUCAGUCGAGGGUGCCGUGCAGAUGUCCCCGGGUCUGGAGGACAUACAGACGGGGCAGUCAGUGGGCGUUGAUGAUAUUCGCCCAUCGGCACAUGCGGAGGGGAUAGCAGCCAGCACUGGGGGGGAGGGGGCUAUAGCGGGGGCCGUUGGUGUUGGCGAGGUGGGGGUGCCUGCUCAGGCCGAUCCGAUGUCCACGUCUGGCGGGGGAGAUUGCUCACAGUUGGAGAGGCGUGACGCGGGCGGCCAGGACAUGCCACAGACUUUGGUGGUUCGCACUGCUGUGGGGCCAGUGGUGCCACAUCAGGCACCGUUUUUGGAGGGCAGGGGCGCAUGCAUACCCCCGGUCCCUACUUUUGUGCCGUCACGGGAGAGGCCGGAGAUUAGGUAUGUGGCGACGCCUCGGGGCAGCCUCCCUUUUGGUUUUAUGAGCCCUGAGGAGUUGGAGGAGCACGGCAGGACGGAUUUGACGGAGAUCAACCGGUGUAUUUUCAAGACGGUCCCAGAGGAGGGGAAGCUGCCGCACGUGGAGGACUUGUCUUGGGGGCCWGCCAGCCCUAGCUUACCUUCUGGAUGUUCCGUCGCAGCGCCAUCUGGCGAGGCUGCAGGGGGCUUACGUUCUGGAGGAUCCGUCGCAGCGGCAUCUGGCGGGGCCGCAGGGGACUUACCUUCUGGAGUUUCGGUCGUAGCGCCAUCUGGAGGCGCCGCAGGCCCUUCGUCACCCAUGACCGCAGCUCCGAGGGAGGGCGGCAGUCUCACCCCGAGGUCGGUUAAGCGUAGACGGAGAGACACCGCCCAGCGUGCGCGGGAGUUGCUGGACACCAUAUUGUUCGGUCGCACUGAUCGACCAUGGAGCGAGACGAGACGGGUGACGACGGCGAGCGUUGGUCGUCAGCCAGGUUUGAGAGGGGCUACCACGGCCGUGAGACGUCGAGAUGUUAUAGCUUCAGGGUUUGGUGGUAGAGGCGGUGGCGGCGGUGGCCAGGGCGACGACAUAUGUGAGGGUGCAAAGGGUGGCGCAGCGAGGGCAGUGGAUCCGCCCUUGACAUACGGUUUGAGAGAGGCGUCGAUUAUUUUGCAGGAGCCUGGCGUUGUCACACAACCGAGGCACAAGAGACACGUGCCCUUAGAUCGACGCCGGGAGGGGGAGACUUCAGGGACAUACGGUCUACCUAUGCUACGCGAGUCACGCCGACGUGAUGACCUAGCAGCCGCAGGUGUAGACAGGACGGUGAGAGGCAGGAGAGUCAUUAUGGACGACGACCCCGACGAGCGUCCGGUCGGUCUCGAGCCUUCCGCUGGCAGACGCGGCGGCCAGCGUCGAAGACAUCGAGGACAUGGCAGUGGUUGGUCCCACGAACGAGGUUCUCAUCGGUAGUUCCUGGUUCCGCGUGCGCACGACG